AAAUCUCUUUAUAGAUCAUAUACAUGCAUUAUCUUAAAAAAUUAUUAUAAGAAAAUCAUCUAAGACAGCAGAUAGCGGAUGCAUGUUUAGUUAGUUUUUUUUUUUUAACAUGUUCCAUGACAGGUUUGUUGCAUUGGUUGCUCUUUGCUGUCCCUCGCCAAGAAGAUUCUCUCUCUAUUUGGUCCUAUAAAAAAUUCAAUGUUUCAAACAUAGACUCCAUAGUUGACCAAACCGGCAAGCCCAACCUCGCAGUUCUGCCCUUUGCUUGUCGCAAUAGUCAUAGCCUCCCCAUCUUGUUAAAGCCAGAAAUUUUGAUCUACUUUUUGUUUCCCUUAUUAAAGUUGGAUCCUUUUUCAUCACAUCCCAUUAGCAUAUUCCCAAGGCCCCAUCUUGGUUUUGGCUUUUCUUUUGUGUCAAUGUAGAAGGCAUCACCUUUUUUUUUAUGUACUGUUUGAAUCUGGUUUUUUUUCUUCUUUCUGCCUCAAUUCUAUUAAAUCACUGAAUUCUGAUCUAAUUUCUUAAUUUUCUUUCAGUUUCUUCAUCUGGGUCUUUUUCUUUCAAUCCAAAUUCAGCUUUUUUUUUUUCAGUCUUUGUAACUUAUCUGUUACAAGUAAAACCAGAUGGGUGGUUGCCUGGCAAAAAGCAAAGACUCGAAGCCACAGCAUAACGGCUACAGAUCAGGAGCAGGAACUACAGCUGCUGUGCCUCAACAAAGAUAUCAGGAGCCUGUUAGGCCUGCACCUGCUCAACCACAAUUCCACCACAUCCCUGAAAAGCCAGGUUCUCAACCACCUCGGAAGCCAGUUGCUCCAGCACCAAGCCCCAAGCCUGCCCCCAGGAUUGAUACAAUUCUUGGUAAACCAUAUGAAGAUAUAAGGAUGCACUAUACAAUUGGUAAAGAAUUGGGAAAAGGUCAGUUUGGUGUAACUUAUCUUUGCACUGAGAAUUCAACUGGAAAUAAAUAUGCUUGCAAGACUAUAUCUAAGAGGAAGUUAGUUACAAAGAAUGAUAAGGAGGAUAUGAAAAGGGAAAUACAAAUUAUGCAGCAUUUGAGUGGACAGCCUAAUAUUGUAGAGUUUAAAGGCGCUUAUGAAGAUAAGCAAUCUGUUCACCUUGUAAUGGAAUUAUGUGCCGGUGGUGAGUUGUUUGAUAGGAUUAUUGCCAAGGGGCAUUAUAGUGAGAGGGCAGCUGCUUCCAUAUGCAGGGCCAUUGUGAAUGUUGUCCAUGCUUGUCAUUUUAUGGGUGUGAUGCAUAGGGACCUUAAGCCCGAGAAUUUCCUGUUGUCUAGCAAGGAUGAGAAUGCUCUUUUGAAGGCCACAGAUUUUGGGUUGUCAGUCUUCAUUGAAGAGGGAAAGGUGUACCGGGAUAUAGUUGGGAGUGCAUACUAUGUUGCCCCUGAAGUAUUACGGCGUAGAUAUGGAAAGGAAAUCGAUAUUUGGAGUGCAGGAGUUAUAUUGUAUAUCUUACUCAGUGGUGUGCCUCCAUUUUGGGCAGAAACAGAGAAGGGGAUAUUUGAUGCUAUAUUGGAAGGAGAAAUUGACUUUCAAAGUUCACCAUGGCCAUCUAUUUCAGACAGUGCCAAAGACCUAGUCCGGAGGAUGUUAACACAAGACCCAAAAAAGCGGAUUACUUCUACUCAAGUCCUAGAGCAUCCAUGGAUAAGAGAAGGUGGAAGUGCAUCAGACAAGCCACUAGAUAGUGCAGUCCUUUCUAGAAUGAAGCAAUUCAGAAGAAUGAACAAACUAAAACAACUUGCCUUAAAGGUCAUCGCAGAAAAUCUUUCUACAGAAGAAAUCCAAGGUCUGAAGCAAAUGUUUGCGAACAUUGACACUGACAACAGUGGUUCAAUCACCUAUGAUGAACUUAAGACUGGAUUGGCUCGACUUGGAUCAAAGCUCACAGAGGCUGAAGUUCAGCAGCUGAUGGAAGCUGCUGAUGUGGAUGGAAAUGGUACUAUUGAUUACAUUGAAUUUAUCACUGCUACAAUGCAUAGACAUAGGCUUGAGACAGAUGAACAUUUGUUCAAAGCUUUUCAACAUUUUGAUAAGGACAACAGCGGGUAUAUCACAAGAGAUGAGCUAGAAGCUGCCAUGAAAGAAUAUGGAAUGGGUGAUGAUGAAACAAUCAGGGAAAUAAUAUCUGAAGUCGACACUGACAAUGAUGGUAAAAUCAACUAUGAGGAGUUCCGGGACAUGAUGAGAAGUGGAACCCAACAGGGCCAACUCUUUUAGAAUCAUAUAUGGCUGGACUCAAAAAAAUCAGCUAAAAAUUCCCAAACAUUUUGCACAAUGGCUUUAAGAUUAUCUUGUAGGUGUUCAUCACACAACUUUGUCUGGUUUGGUUUUUCAUUUCGAAUGUAUUAUAUGCUUUAUGUAGCUAUUUAUUUACAAUUUUCGGUGAA